UGAAGCUUCCUUAUGUUAAAAACUGCCAAACAACACAACAGUCAGAGCUCAGACACCGCCUGGCCUUUUCUUUUCUCUUCUUCUUCUUCUUCUUCUUCUUCUUCUUCUUUCUGCGUUCUUUUUACACAUUUGGCGUUCCUUUCCAUAGCUUAUCUCUUUUUUUAUUUACUCUCUCUCUCUCUCUCACUUCACUUCACUUGCUCACUCCAAACACAUCCUUAUCUCUCUGUCUAUCUCCGGCUCCAAACAUGUCCCAAGAAUCUUCAAUCACCACUCCACCUCCGCCGCAAGACCAAGCUCCACCACCCCCACCUGUGGUGGUGGGGGAAGAAAAAGAGAAAGUAAAAGAAGAAGAAACCUCUCCGCCGGUUCCAUCACCACCACCUGUAGUGGAAGAAGAGAAAGAAGUGUCACCUCCGCCACCUGCACCGCCGCAAGAAUCUAAAUCACUGGCAGCAAUGAUGGAGAAAGAAGAGUCACAGUCCUCACCUCCGCUGUCCUCUUUGGAGGAGAAAAAUGAUGAAAAAACUGAAUCUUUAGUUACUAAAGAAGAGGUGGUUGUUGAUGAAGUUGAUGUUGCUGGAAAAGAAAAGCAAAGUGAAGAACAACAGCAGCAAAAGGUUCCUCAAACUUUGGUGUCUUUUAAAGAGGAGAGUAACAUAGUUGCUGAUCUUUCUGAAUCUGAAAAGAAAGCCUUGCAUGAAUUCAAGAAUUUAGUUCAAGAAGCUCUUAACACCCAUCAAUUUAGUUCUUCACCACCACCAUCACCACCGCAAAAAGAAGAAGAAAAAACAGCCCAAAAAACCCCAGCUGAGGCUACUUCAACCACUGAAGUAUCCGUUUCAAAAUCUGAUGUUAGUACUGAGAUUAAAACCCCAACAGACCAAGAAUACCAAGAACCAAAAGUUGAAGAAAACCCAUCAAAGGAAACUCAAGAAACCAAGCAAGAAGACCCAAAGGUUGAAUCUUUACCCGAGGAAAUCUCCAUAUGGGGGAUUCCACUUCUUAAAGAUGAUAGAAGUGAUGUGAUACUUUUGAAGUUCUUGAGGGCUAGGGACUUCAAAGUGAAAGAUGCAUUUGUCAUGAUAAAAAAUACAAUUAGAUGGAGAAAGGAGUUUAAGAUUGAUGAGCUUAUUGAUGAAGAUCUCGGUGAUGAUCUGGAGAAAAUUGUCUUUAUGCAUGGUCAUGAUAGGGAAGGGCAUCCUGUGUGUUAUAAUGUUUAUGGAGAAUUUCAGAAUAAAGAAUUGUAUCAAAAAGCAUUUGCUGAUGAGGAAAAGCGAAUGAAGUUUCUGAGGUGGCGGAUUCAGUUCUUGGAGAGGAGUAUCAGGAAGCUUGAUUUUAGUCCUGGUGGUAUUUCCACUAUCUUUCAGGUUAAUGAUCUUAAGAAUUCUCCAGGACCUGGUAAGAAGGAGCUUAGAUUGGCUACUAGGAAGGCUCUUCAAUUGCUUCAAGACAAUUAUCCUGAGUUUGUAGCUAAACAGGUGUUUAUCAAUGUGCCUUGGUGGUAUCUUGCUUUUUACACUAUGAUCAGUCCAUUCAUGACACAGAGAACCAAAAGCAAAUUUGUAUUUGCAGGCCCAUCAAAAUCUCCUGAAACACUUUUCAAAUAUAUAUCGGCCGAACAAGUGCCAAUUCAAUAUGGUGGACUGAGUGUGGAUUACUGUGAUUGCAACCCGGAAUUUACUGUUGCUGAUCCUGCAACUGAAAUAACUGUGAAGCCAGCAACCAAGCAAACUGUGGAAAUUAUAAUUUAUGAGAAAUGUGUCAUUGUCUGGGAACUCAGGGUUGUCGGAUGGGACGUGAGCUACGGUGCUGAGUUUGCGCCUGAUGCUAAAGAUGCAUAUACAGUUAUCAUACAGAAACCAACCAAAUUGAGUCCAACAGACGAACCAGUGAUAACUAGUAGCUUCAAAGUGGGUGAACUGGGUAAAAUAUUGCUCACAGUGGACAAUCCAACCUCAAAGAAAAAGAAACUCCUCUACAGGUUCAAGAUCAAUCCUUUCUCAGAUUGAGGAUUUCAUUACAUGGGCUUUCAGAUAUAAUUGGGUGUGAAAAUUGGAUUAAUUUAUAUCUCUAGUUCUUGGGUGAUAAUUUUCUUUCCCCUUUUCUUAUGUAUGUUUUUCGGCUUCUGGGUGGGCAGCAUAGUUGGUGGGUGAAUAUCAGGCACAUGGUUUUGGCCUUUGGUUUCCUCCUGUCAAUCAUUCUAGGCAAACAAACAAAUAUUGAGGACAAAAUAGAGAGAAAUGUGGUUGUAAAACUUACUGAGAUGUUUUUCAGUGUACAUUUACUUUUUGUGUGGA